GACGACACCGGUGAGGGUUCUCGGGCGGGGCCUGAGACAGGCAGCUCCGGGGUCCGCGGUUUCACAUCGGAAACAAAAUAGCGGCUGGUCUGGAAGGAACCUGAGCUACGAGCCGCGGUGGCAGCGGCGGCGGCGGGGAAGCGUAUCUGGGCACAGUGGCUCACACCUACAAUCUGCCAGCACUUUGGGAGGCCGAGGCAGGUAGAUCACCUGAGGUCAGGAGUUCGAGACUAGCCUCGCCAACAUGACCUAAUCUGGGAGCCUGCAAGUGACAACAGCCUUUGAGGUCCUUAGACAGCUUGGCCUGGAGGAGAACACAUGAAAGAAAGAACCUCAGGAGGCUUUGUUUUCUGUGAAACAGUAUUUCUAUACAGUUGCUCCAAUGACAGAGUUACCUGCACCGUUGUCCUACUUCCAGAAUGCACAGAUGUCUGAGGACAACCACCUGAGCAAUACUGUACGUAGCCAGAAUGACAAUAGAGAACGGCAGGAGCACAACGACAGACGGAGCCUUGGCCACCCUGAGCCAUUAUCUAAUGGACGACCCCAGGGUAACUCGCGGCAGGUGGUGGAGCAAGAUGAGGAAGAAGAUGAGGAGCUGACAUUGAAAUAUGGCGCCAAGCAUGUGAUCAUGCUCUUUGUCCCUGUGACUCUCUGCAUGGUGGUGGUCGUGGCUACCAUUAAGUCAGUCAGCUUUUAUACCCGGAAGGAUGGGCAGCUAAUCUAUACCCCAUUCACAGAAGAUACCGAGACUGUGGGCCAGAGAGCCCUGCACUCAAUUCUGAAUGCUGCCAUCAUGAUCAGUGUCAUUGUUGUCAUGACUAUCCUCCUGGUGGUUCUGUAUAAAUACAGGUGCUAUAAGGUCAUCCAUGCCUGGCUUAUUAUAUCAUCUCUAUUGUUGCUGUUCUUUUUUUCAUUCAUUUACUUGGGGGAAGUGUUUAAAACCUAUAACGUUGCUGUGGACUACAUUACUGUUGCACUCCUGAUCUGGAAUUUUGGUGUGGUGGGAAUGAUUUCCAUUCACUGGAAAGGUCCACUUCGACUCCAGCAGGCAUAUCUCAUUAUGAUUAGUGCCCUCAUGGCCCUGGUGUUUAUCAAGUACCUCCCUGAAUGGACUGCGUGGCUCAUCUUGGCUGUGAUUUCAGUAUAUGAUUUAGUGGCUGUUUUGUGUCCGAAAGGUCCACUUCGUAUGCUGGUUGAAACAGCUCAGGAGAGAAAUGAAACGCUUUUUCCAGCUCUCAUUUACUCCUCAACAAUGGUGUGGUUGGUGAAUAUGGCAGAAGGAGACCCGGAAGCUCAAAGGAGAGUAUCCAAAAAUUCCAAGUAUAAUGCAGAAAGCACAGAAAGGGAGUCACAAGACACUGUUGCAGAGAAUGAUGAUGGCGGGUUCAGUGAGGAAUGGGAAGCCCAGAGGGACAGUCAUCUAGGGCCUCAUCGCUCUACACCUGAGUCACGAGCUGCUGUCCAGGAACUUUCCAGCAAUAUCCUCGCUGGUGAAGACCCAGAGGAAAGGGGAGUAAAACUUGGAUUGGGAGAUUUCAUUUUCUACAGUGUUCUGGUUGGUAAAGCCUCAGCAACAGCCAGUGGAGACUGGAACACAACCAUAGCCUGUUUCGUAGCCAUAUUAAUUGGUUUGUGCCUUACAUUAUUACUCCUUGCCAUUUUCAAGAAAGCAUUGCCAGCUCUUCCAAUCUCCAUCACCUUUGGGCUUGUUUUCUACUUUGCCACAGAUUAUCUUGUACAGCCUUUUAUGGACCAAUUAGCAUUCCAUCAAUUUUAUAUCUAGCAUAUUUGCGAUUAGAAUCCCAUGGAUGUUUCUCCUUUGACUAUAACAAAACCUGGGGAGGACAAAGGUGAUUUUCCUGUGUCCACAUCUAACAAAGUCAAGAUUCCCGGCUGGACUUCUGCAGCUUCCUUCCAAGUCUUCCUGACCACCUUGCACUAUUGGACUUUGGAAGGAGGUGCCUAUAGAAAACGAUUUUGAACAUACUUCAUCGCAGUGGACUGUGUCCCUCGGUGCAGAAACUACCAGAUUUGAGGGACAAGGUCAAGGAGACAUGAUAGGCCCGGAAGUUGCUGUGCCCCAUCAGCAGCUUGACGCGUGGUCACAGGACGAUUUCACUGACACUGCGAACUCUCAGGACUACCGUUACCAAGAGGUUAGGUGAAGUGGUUUAAACCAAACGGAACUCUUCAUCUUAAACUACACGUUGAAAAUCAACCCAAUAAUUCUGUAUUAACUGAAUUCUGAACUUUUCAGGAGGUACUGUGAGGAAGAGCAGGCACCAGCAGCAGAAUGGAGAAUGGAGAGGUGGGCAGGGGCUCCAGCUUCCCUUUGAUUUUUUUGCUGCAGACUCAUCCUUUUUAAAUGAGACUUGUUUUCCCCCCUCUUUGAGUCAAGUCAAAUAUGUAGAUUGCCUUUGGCAAUUCUUCUUCUCAAGCACUGACACUCAUUACCGUCUGUGAUUGCCAUUUCUUCCCAAGGCCAGUCUGAACCUGAGGUUGCUUUAUCCUAAAAGUUUUAACCUCAGGUUCCAAAUUCAGUAAAUUUUGGAAACAAUACAGCUAUUUCUCAUCAAUUCUCUAACAUGUUGAAGUCAAAUUUGGAUUUUCCACCAAAUUCUGAAUUUGUAGACAUACUUGUAGGCUCACUUGCCCCAGAUGCCUCCUCUGUCCUCAUUCUUCUCUCCCACACAAGCAGUCUUCUUCUACAGCCAGUAAGGCAGCUCUGUCGUGGUAGCAGAUGGUCCCAUUAUUCUAGGGUUUUACUCUUUGUAUGAUGAAAAGAAUGUGUUAUGAAUCGGUGCUGUCAGCCCUGCUGUCAGACCUUCUUCCACAGCAAAUGAGAUGUAUGCCCAAAGACGGUAGAAUUAAAGAAGAGUAAAAUGGCCGUUGAAGCA